AUGUUCCUUCUUAGCUGGGCGACCUUGCUCUACCAUGCGUACGUCUACACAGUAAGUGUAUCAAAAAGCGAUGGCUUCCAGAUCCACACCAAACACAAGAUUGUGUCAGAAGUGGGACUCUGCGCCAUCAUCCCUUGCUCCUUCUCUGCCGCGAACUUCAUGACUAAUAGCAUUGUGUGGUUCAAGUGCGAAGGCAAAUGCAUCGACAGGAAUAUCAUUUUCCACUCCAAGAACAAGACCAAAAUCCAGGAAGAUUUUAAGGACCGAGUUCAGAUGCUGGCUGUCAACGCGAAUCGUUGGGACUGCGGUAUCAUAAUCAAUGACUUGACGCUGUCGGACUCAGGAUCCUAUAUGCUUCGAGUGAAUGGCCUACUCAACGAUAGGAGUGAUGGAUAUAGCUUCAAGGAUCGAGUGGUGCUCAAUGUAACAGCUCUCAGCCAGAAACCCAUUAUGAUGGUCCAAACACUGAGCGACGGUCAAGAGGCCACCCUCACCUGCAAGACUCCGGCCGUCUGCUUUAGCAAAGCCACUAACAUCAGCUGGGCGUGGAAAGGAAUUGGAGAUGACUACUCACACGCUGUCAUUCCUAAUAUAACGUCCAUGACGAAUUCCAGCUCAUCUUUGACCUUCAACGCUUCAGCUGAACAUCACAGGCGUGAAAUCACAUGCAAGGUCUCGUACUUGAGAAGCAAGGUGUCUACGGAGACAACAGUAACGCUGAACGUAACCUAUGUAAGGCCACCAUCCAUCUCAGGUCCAACAACAGUUAAGUCAGGCGACCGCAUAUCUCUUACAUGCAACGUGGACACUUUCCCGCCCUCCGUCGUCACGUGGAAAUUUCCCAAUUCCAACACGACAAUUAUCCAAAAUGAACUCCAGCCCAACACAACCAUCACCAGCUCUGACCUCGUCAUCCCAAAUGUGACGUCGGCACACUCCGGGCGCUACGAGUGCACGGCGGCUAACUAUACAACACACAUGCAUGUGAUGGUGACAUGGUUUGCAGGAAUCCUACCUGGGUCUGGUUGUUUACUGCAAGAUCAGGUUUUGACCUGCGUGUGCAUCAGCAGCGGGGUCCCACUGCCUACUGUGACAUGGCCGACGCUGGACAACAGGACGGCGUGCACCGUCAACACCGUAUCUGACGACAGGGUAAACAGCAGCAUCGUGUUAAUCGUCCGCGAUCGUGACAUCUCUGCUGUGGAGUGCGUCAGCAUGCAGGAGGACGAGCGAGAGGGGAAAACACUUGAAGUUCAGAAAAUAUUGGGGGAAGACCAAGCCUUCAAAAGUUUCCUUACAAGUCUGCGUCCGGAUGUCUUCAUCGCAUUUUUGAGCGGCGCUCUGCUGUCCGCCAUCUUGUGUUGGUCAUUCCGGAGGUGUUGCAGAAAACCAAACAAUAGCUCCGGUAGUCUGGAUAUGGAGCUGGUUGCCACACAAGAGGACCCACAGGUGUAUGGCCUUAAAAAUGGUGGCAAAGGGGCGACCAGGGCUGACGUGGAGUACGCCGACAUCAACUUCUCUGUGCUGAAGAGAAACAACACCAGGGAGGCGGCGACUAAUUGCCAGGCCACCGAAUACUCAGAGAUCAAGACAAAAGACGAUGGUGACCAACCGCGCGAGUGUGACAACGAUAAAGAAAACGAAAAAAUGGAGGAUAGUACACAAUGCGACAAUGAUAAGGAAGAGGAAGCCUUAUAUUCAAACGUGAAUGACGCCAUGAUGUCAUGA